CCCGCAUUACCCCCGCCCCCCUCAACGCACGCGACUAAUGCCUCACAAUCAAGAUGGCUGCCCACAGUGCUGUGCUCUCGGUAUCUAAAAUCAUAAAUCCUCUCUGGGGUCGACACUUGAAAGGAAAAACGGUUAAAGUAUUUGGGACAACUUUGGCAAUUCACCGGAAUAAAGCAUCUCAUGCUGGAGACAACAUUCCCCUUCCUGCAAAGUAUGGAGGCAGACACACUGUGACCCUCAUUCCUGGGGAUGGAAUCGGUCCUGAGCUUCUGAGUCACGUCAAAGAGGUUUUCAGGUACAGCUGUGUACCUGUGGACUUCGAGGUCGUGCAUGUUAACUCUGCGAUGGAGGCCGAGGAUGAUAUCAAUAAUGCCAUUACUGCUAUCCGCAGAAACGGAGUUGCUCUUAAAGGUAACAUAGAAACCAAACAUACCAUGCCGCCAUCUGUGAAAUCCAGAAAUAACCUCUUACGGACAAGCUUAGAUCUGUAUGCCAACGUGAUGCACUGCCAGUCCCUCCCCGGAGUCCAAACUCGGCACAAGAACAUCGACAUCCUGAUCGUCAGGGAGAACACAGAAGGAGAAUACAGCAGUCUGGAGCAUGAGAGUGCAUCAGGGGUAGUGGAGUGUCUCAAGAUCAUCACCAGGACCAAUUCCCUCAGGAUCGCUGAGUAUGCGUUUCAGCUGGCUCGGGAGAAAGGUCGCCGCAGGGUCACUGCGGUGCAUAAAGCCAACAUCAUGAAGCUUGGCGAUGGCUUGUUUCUCCAGUGCUGCCGGGAAGUGGCCUCUGGAUACCCGGACAUCACUUUUGACAGCAUGAUUGUGGACAACACCACCAUGCAGCUCGUGUCCAAACCCCAGCAGUUUGACGUGAUGGUGAUGCCUAAUCUGUACGGGAACGUCGUUAGCAACGUGUGUGCUGGCCUGGUGGGAGGGCCUGGCCUUGUGCCUGGCGCCAAUUAUGGUCGGGACUACGCCGUGUUUGAAACAGCUACAAGGAACACGGGGAAGAGCAUUGCAGGGAAGAACAUCGCUAACCCCACCGCUAUGCUGCUAGCUAGCUGCAUGAUGCUGGACCACCUCAAGCUUUAUGACCACGCCACCCCGAUAAGGAAUGCAGUCUUCACCACGAUGAAUGAAACCAGGUUGCACACAGCGGAUCUGGGGGGUCAGGGCACCACAUCAGAGGUGGUCCAGUCCAUCAUGAGGGUCAUCCAGAGUAAAGGGCAGCUCACUUCAGAGAUGUAAAACAAUCUCUGUCGACACUGUUUGAAUAACAGUGUCAAAAUAUCAUUGGUGUGACUCUGAGUAGGUUUGUGUAGGAGGACAGAGUCUACAGCAUGAGAAAAGGAUGUCCAAGCAUUUCUGUUCAUAUUACCAACCUGUUACCAACAGAAAUUCCAGUCUCACUCCUGUUGGAAAAUAAAUUUUACUGUACUGACA